UCGAGUCACUGUUUGAACAUCCAACUUACAGAACACUGUCAGAUCCCAACACAUCCACAAAACCCCCAUCUCCUCCGAAAACACUUUUACCACCAUCAUCCUCAUUCAGUCGCGCUGCUGCAGAUUAUCGGCUGAACAAAAAAAAAGGGGGUGGGGGACACGGACAGAUAAAAAGAAAACAUCCCCCAAACCAAACGGAGUCUGGUGAAAUGCACGGCUGCCUGUUUCUUAAGGAGGAGGGUGUCCAACGCUGAGCUGUAGUUUCUCUCCAAGAGGCGAGGAAUGCAAUCUGAGCAUCAAUGUUUCACUGGGGCAAGUGGAAGAAGAGGAUGGGAGCCAACAGUUCUUCAAAGAGACCAGUGUUCGACGAGAAGGAAGAUGUAAACUUUGACCACUUCCAGAUUUUGCGGGCGAUCGGAAAAGGGAGCUUCGGAAAGGUAUGCAUUGUGCAAAAGAGGGACACAGAGAAGAUGUACGCCAUGAAAUACAUGAACAAACAGCAGUGCAUAGAGAGAGAUGAGGUCCGAAACGUCUUUAGAGAGCUUGAGAUCCUACAAGAAAUUGAACAUGUAUUUUUAGUAAAUCUCUGGUACUCCUUCCAGGACGAGGAGGACAUGUUCAUGGUGGUCGACCUCCUUCUCGGAGGAGACCUGCGCUACCACCUGCAGCAGAACGUCCAGUUCGGCGAAGACGCCGUCAAGCUGUACCUGUGUGAGAUGACUCUGGCCCUAGACUACCUGCAGAACCAGCAUAUCAUCCACAGAGAUGUAAAGCCGGACAAUAUCCUUUUAGAUGAACAAGGUCACGCUCACCUGACAGAUUUCAACAUAGCAACCAUAAUAAAGGAUGGAGAAAGAGCCACAGCGCUGGCUGGAACCAAGCCCUACAUGGCUCCAGAGAUCUUCCAGUCGUUUGUCAGCGGAGGUACAGGCUACGCUUUUGAAGUCGACUGGUGGUCCUUGGGGGUGACGGCCUUUGAGGUGCUGCGUGGAUGGCGGCCGUACGAUAUCCACGCCAGCAACUCUGUGGAGUCUCUGAUCCAGCUCUUCAGCACGGUGAGCGUCCAGUACAGCCCGGCCUGGCCCAAAGACCUGGUGGCACUACUGAGGAAACUGCUGACUGUGAACCCAGAGCAUCGGUUUUCCAGUCUGUCUGAUAUGCAGACGUCUCCAUACCUCGCCGCCGUCAACUGGGACGCUGUGUAUGAGAAGAAGAUGGAACCUGGAUUUGUUCCUAAUAAAGGUCGGCUCCACUGCGACCCCACCUUUGAGCUGGAGGAGAUGAUCCUGGAGUCGCGACCCCUCCACAAGAAGAAGAAGAGGCUGGCGAAGAACCGCUCUCGAGACAACAGCAAGGAUUCGCAGUCUGAGAACGACUACCUACAGGAGUGCCUUGAAGUGGUGCAGCAAGAGUUCAUGAUCUUCAACCGCGAGAAGUUGAAAAGGCGCCAAGAGGAGGGCGGGGCCGACGACGCCGGCGCUGACCGGGACGACGAGGCGGAAACUGGGGUCGCCGAAGACAACGCGCAGGAUCCGGACCCGGAGCCGGAGCCGGAUCCGGAUCCGGAGCCGGAGUCCUCCUCCAAACUGAGCAUGUGCGGCUCUGUGUGCUCGUCCCCUGGCAGCUGCUAGCCCACACAGCGACGGAUCUGUCUGUGCCGUGCCAAUAGAUCCCCCCUUCACCUCUCUCCUGUCGCCGAGGAAACGCACAUGGAUGAGAGGGCUGGGGGGCGAAAUGACCCAAAAUAGCUGCCCCGGUGUUCCGUCUCUUUUACUUUCUGUAGCAUCUUUCUGGUAAGGCAUGAAUGAAGCAGAUCCCCAGAGACUCUGUGCUCAUAGAGUAAGCUCUAACUUCUAUGCAAUGUAACAUUAUAGCAUGAAAAACAAUGUCUUCACUCACUGGGAGGUGUUGAUCGUAAACAUGGUGACAUCCUGAGCAACAGCGGCCCACAGCUGAAAGCUGCAGUAUGUAAUUUUAUUUCAAAUUAAUCUGUUUUUGAUAUAUUUGUUGAAACUGUCACCAGGUUGUAAUAUGAGAGAUAAUCUGUGAAAAAAUUCAUCUCCUCCACCUCUUCUUCGAGCUACUAAUGGUGUCUGAAAAAAGGCACAAAAGCAACCAAUCAGAGCCAGGAGGCGGGUCUUAACGCUGUGAAUCAAGCUCAUGUACUCGCUGCUAAAUGUAAGACUGGUGGAGAAGCAACUUACCUUUACAGAAAAAUCAUUUAUCAACUUUCACCAGUAGCUAAGCUAACUAGCCUGAGGAUUCACUACAGUCUCUGCUAGCUGCAGUGCCACACACACGAUUGUGAUUGACAGCGCUAAGACCCGCCUCCUGCCUCUGAUUGGUUGUUUCUAGUUUGCACCAGGGUUAUGAUAGUUUUUGGUUGAAUUUUAUUUUGUUUUGACCUUUUGUUUGUCCAACUGGGUUAGUCGUAAAUAGUAUUUAGAGUGUGUUUGCUAUUUAUUAGCUAAAUAUUAGUUUGAGCUUAAUUUUUAUUAGUUGUAAAUUUUUGUCAUUAUCUGGUUAAUUCAAAAAGAUAAAAGUAAUAUAUUGUGAUUAUGUUGACAUUGAUUAUGCAGUGAAUGUUUAACAGAAGAUACAAUUUUCAAGAAAAUAUACAAAAUUAUUAACUAUUGUUAUCAUCAUUUUGCAAAAAUAACGUAAUCUGCGGACAGCUGAAAAAGUUUGAAAUUUUAAUAAAUAGGUUUAUUAAGAAGAAAACAAUAUACAGUUUCAGUGUGUUUACAUUAGCUUUACAAAUGCUAGUUUGUUUAAUUUUUCCUCAUUAAUUACCGUUUUUAUUUAUUUUAGUUAACGAAAAAUGUUUUCUCAGUUUCAGUUUGUUAUUUUGUUGCUAUUAUAAUUUUGGUUAGCACUGGGAGAAAGCAGAUUUUUCACAGAUUAGCUGUGUCAUAGUAUACUGUCAUGGCAUGGUGAUGGUUUCCACAAAUAUGUUAAAACAGAAGUUGGGUUGCUCGGUUUGGUCAAGGCUCCUCUGGUUCUUCUCUCCGUGCCAAAUCCGAUCGGGACGACUCAGAAGCCACCCGGUUUGUCGUCGUCUGUGUUUCCGCUUUGCUCUUCCCUCUCGGCCUCUCGUACCAUCAUGGUGGGGAGAGAGAGAGAGAACGCCUCCUUUUAUUUUACUAUUCAACAGCCUGACAUGGGGGCGAAUGUUUUCCAGCUCCCUUGCCUUAGAAUAAAUAACCUCAGAUUGGAGGAAAUUGCCUUAAAGCCCUUCACAGGUUGAUGGAAGGACUACAAGAUUAUUGCUGAUACUUUUCCAUCUUGGCAUUGUGUUAAAAAGCAUCUAAAGAAACAAAAUGGCUGCUGAUUUUUCUGAAAAUAUACAGCAGCAAUUUGGCUGUAUUUAGUUUUCCACAUACAACUCUUAAUUUUUGGCCCUUUUUUAGGAUUUGAGAUGAGAUUAAAAUAUAACAGUGGGGCCCGGUAAAGAUAAUACAAAUUAUGUCCUGAUCCCUAAAAUUAAAAGUGGGUGUUCUCUCUUUUUUUUACCACGAUUAUGUGUUUUUUGCAAAAACACAAAAUCUUACCAAGCAUUUUUUUUGUCUAGUUUUUUGUGAAAAUAUCUUGGGUUUGUGUUAUUCCACGUGAACUAACUUUCAGUAAGAUUUAGGAGCUUGUUUUAAAUAAAUUAUUAAUAUUUAUAUUGAUGAAAAAGUACUAGUUCAACUAGCAGAUUGCUUCAGUAGCUUUGUGUACCUUGACCAUAUUAAUUUGACACUGAAAAAUACAUUUGCUAAAUGAAACACAUCAUUUUCGGAAAGAAAAACAAACUAAAACAGAUUUUUAAUAAAACAUCUUGGUGCUAAAAUGAAGUUUUCCAGCCAUAUCAAAAUUGGUUUAUUUUGCAAAAGUGGAAUGUAAACAUGUUUUUUCUGGUACAAACCAUGAAGAAGAAGUUUUUUUAUAACUCAUUGCAUUAACAAACUAAUUUACAUGUCAUUUUAAUUGAGUUUCUUAUUUAACAGAAACAUUAAAUUGUGAAAUUAUUGUUUUUUGUGAGAUUAGUGGAAUAUUGGCAACGUUUUGCAGACAUUCAUAAUGUAAAUGCAGUAUGACAAGAAACUUAUAACCUGUGUUAUCAGUGAAAUAAUCUGGCAGAGGAACUAGAGCUGGGUUGUUAGGUGACGGUGCAAGUAGAACUUGCACUUUUUCAUCAACAUUAAGUUAUAAUUUCCUUAAAAUAAGGUCUUAAAUUUUCCUGAAAAAUUACUUGUCAGAUAGUUGUGUCUUAUUCGAAAUGCACUUAGAUAUUUGAACUAUAAACUAGACCAAAACUAUGAGAAUAUUUGGUGUUUUUGCAGUGCUAAGUUGCACUGGCUAAGGCUAAGGUGUUUGAUUUCCAGUUGCAGGAGCUUCCUGAAUCACAGUUUCCAGUAAGUGUUGGUUGGUUUCAUGUUCUUAAACCUGUUUAAAGUUGUGCCUGUCUAUGAUAAUCAGUAUCUGUUAACCUUGUUGCACCCACAGAUGCAUUAUAAGAUAUAAAUCUGGUUUUUCCUCUCUAAGUGUGAACCAAGUUUGUUUGAAGCCUUUUUUUAAGAUAUUAAGGUAACUUAAUUCAUGGGAAAUCAGUACUAAUGACUGGAAAAAGGCCAGAAUAAGCUCUAAGGAUAGAUUACAGCAUUGUCAGCCUUUAAGAAUCUAUUUCAAAGCUGCUUUACUAGACAUCAUCCUGUUAAGUGCUCAGUUAGGACAAAGAUCAUCUCCCCAUAGGGCUCAGUUUGGGGCCUAAACGUGUAGCUGUUGGUUCUUCAGACUGCAUAGAUGAGCUCUCACAGCGAUGCUCGCUCAUUUAAGGUGGUCGUGUAGCAAAGGACUACCUUAAAUUACCCCCCUGGGCCUGAUAAUGAAUAAAAAGCAGUGUAAAUAGCAUGACGUGUAGGUAAUUAAACUCUCCACAGUUUUAUGUGGGACUGCUAACUCUACGUGUAAACUGAGGGAAGAGCUGAGUGAAGCCCCGCCCCCUCCUGGCGCUUCCCUCCGCUCUUCCCUCCAAGUGUGCAGGCACAACUUGUAGGCAAAAUAUGCCAAAGCUUUUCUACCAUUUGCAUAACCAUUUCUAAGAAACUUUAAAUGUCUGAAUGUAUGUUGUAUUUUCUUUUUUGUAGAACCCGAGGUUUGCUGUUUGAUAGUGCAGAUUGUCAUUGUUUGUUGGACAGUGAUGUGGUUAUUUCAGGUGGAGUGGUGUCUUGAAUUUCUGGUGAAACAACUUGCAAUCUUUGGUGUUUUAGGAAUAGAAAAGGAGAUUGAUGCCAUUUUUAUGUCUGUGUGGAAAACUCUUACAAUCUUACCAAGUUUUUUGUUUAGUUAUAGUGGAAACAUCUUAGCACACUUGAAAUUAGAUAAAACCAACUUACAAAUAAUUUUUCAGCAACUCUAAAUGAUUGUUUGGAGUCAAUAGUUUCUUGAAAUUCUUGAAAAAUACUAAUUCCAUUGGCAGAUUAUUUUACUUAUAACAUGGUAAAAAUGUCUUGUUUUAAGUGAAAUAAUUUCGCAAUAGAACUGGUAAUUCCUUAAUUAUUAAGUCAAUAAUUAAGGAAUUAUUGACUUAAAACAAGUUCUCAUAUCUUACUGAAAGGUUACUUACUAACUUGUAAGUUAGUUUUGUUUUUUAAGAUAUUUCCACUAUAAAUUUGACCAAAAUACUUAUCAAAAUGUUGUUUUUUUAAAUGUAUACCCUAACUUUUAAUCCUGCAGAUGUUAUUGAUUAAAUCAGUCGUCCUGAUCAACAUGAUUUAGUUAACAUGUCCCUUUAAACUGAGGUAAAAUUGACCACAAAAUUAUUCAUACAAAAAGUUUAUUUCUAAUAGAAAAUAAGAUGGAUAUCUCAGAAAAUUAUAAUACAAAGUAACAGGAACGUCAAUUGAAAAUAAAACUAAAACUUCAAGAUGUAUAACUAAUUUUGGGCUUCACCAUUGUAACUGGCAAAUAAUGCUAACAGUCAUUAGCAUAGGAGCUAGCAUAUUUUCCCAAAUUACUUCCAGAACACAGUUCAUUUGGGUUUGGCUUUUUUUCCAGAUUCUGAUUUUGACUUCAGAGGAAUCUGAAACCCAAGUUCUGGUCCGAACCCAGCGGUUCGGAUGUUUUUCCUUUCACAGGAUGUCUGCGCAUCCUUAAAAAUCUUAAAUUCGUGUAUCUAAAAUAAAAGCUUUAAAAUAUUUUGAUCUUCAGUACAAUAAUCACAGGUCUUAAAUUGUGUUUUGUGACUCAGUGGGGUUGAGUAUACCGCUAACUAGCUGCUAAUACUGUACCCCCUUGCUAGCUAGCUAGCUUUAUUGCGACAAUGAUUGGCAAAUUUAUCUACGGUUGAUGGGAUGACAUUUUGUCUUCGCCACUUCUAAUGCUACGUACAUUAUAAAGAUUAAAGGAAAGAUAGUUAAUUUCUUCAAGUCACGUAAGAAUCUGGCUGUAGCUGCAUUUCCAUUGACCAUAUAAUUAAAAAAAUUGGAAUUAUGAAAAUAAAUUAGCUUAAAGGAAACACAUCAGAGUCUACAAUCUCAUGUUUUUUGAUUAAACAUUUUUGCGCUGUGUUUUCUCUGUAUUAAAAUUAGUUUAUUUCACAAAACUACAAUGGAAAGACUUUUUUCACAUCUCAACUGGAUGGCAAUAAAACACUUAACAAGAUGUUUUUUAAUAGGAACAAAGUUAUUCACAUGUCAUUUUAAUUGUGCUUCUUAUUUAAUGGAAACGUAGUAAUUGCAAAUUUGUGUCUAUUUCUCGCUAGUGGAAUAAUGACAAAGUUUUGCAAACAUUUGUAGUGGAAAUGCAAUCAGUAUCUCAUAGUCAGUCUCACAAAAAGUAGCAUUUAUUCCUCAGUAGUUUGACACACAUUUCUUUUGUACAUUUCUGGUGUUAAAUUUGAUCCAUAAUGUUUUUUUAAAAGUCUUACAUUUAAAUUGGUGAAACCCUGUUUCAUCCUUUUCAUCACGCUGCCUUUUAGAUUUGGACCCUCAAUAUCUCCAGCUGUGGAGUCGAUGCACAGACAUGAGACUGGUGUGAAUCUUCUCAAAUCAUCCCCAGAAUGAGGCAAAUAUCUCCCAAAAUCUGUAAUUACUCCCUUAUGCCACAUGACAACUAGAUUUAGGAGCUUUGUUGAAAGGAUAUAAAAAGGCAUCCGUAAAGUCUGCCUGACCUGACUAGUCGUUUUGAACCCUGUUUUUAUUUAUGUUUUUGCUGUGUAUGGUUUAGUUUUUGCAUGUAUCUUUACAACAUAAGCCUGAUUUAGCCAAAGCCUGGAGCUUGAGCCUGACCGACUGAUCUUAUGCAUGCAGUGGCUUUUCCUCAGACCUCGCCGCUCACCUCAUUACUGACUGAGUGCAGCUGGAUUGUGAGGCGUUGAGUUUUGUGAACACAGCGUUGUAUAAAAACGAUAUAAUCCCGGUGUUACGUGGACAGCAUGUUACCUUAGGAGUACCUCUCGGCAUCCUCUUGGUGGCCUUCGUUUUUGUUGUUCAGGGAUGCAGCUUAGGCUGGGCGAUGACUCGAUUUUAUCCAAUUUUUUGUUUUUGAAUAUUACAUUUUUGAAAAAUCUGAAAUGUCUUUUUCUCUAAAGUUCAGAGUGAUAUCAGCACGCCCAAGGCGGCCAUCUUGUUUGGCAAACAAGAUGAAUUCAGUUCAUCUCUACAACAAUUUAGAAAAAGUUACAAGAAUAAAGUCAAAACAAUACGAGAAUAUUACAUAAGCAUAUAAUAUAUGUGAGUUGUAAUAUUAGGAAAAUGACAUAGUAAAUUUGAGAACACAAAAAUGACAAAAUGUUAAUUAUACAAGCUUUUUUCCUCAUUAAAAUGACUUUUUCCUCAGAAUUUAUUAUUCAGUAAAAAUGCAUCUUUUUUUGCUCAUAUUAUAAUUUUAUUCUUGUAUAUAGAAAUUCUCCUAGCUUGUCCCCAGCACUCUAUUGUACCACAUACGAAAGGAAUAAUUAAAAUUAAAGCCACAUUUGAAAAACGUUUCUGUCAUUUGUAAACCUUAGUGUUCAUUUUUUGUACCUAAAAUUAAGGCCUUAAAAUUACUUAAAAUUUAUUAAAAUACAUGUAAGUUGGUCUUAAAUACAUUGAUUGCAGGUCUUUAAUUUUGUCUGGACUGGACUAUUUAAUUUUGUAUUUUCUAAGUACUGUUUUUUUUUUUCUUUCUGGGCUUUUAUGUUAACCAAAAGUUUGAGUAAGGCACAGACAUCUUUACUGCGACACAAAGCAGUUGAGGCUACUGCUAGCUAGCUGCCAAUAUACCCUUGCCAGCUAGAUACCUAGCUUUGCUGCGUCCAUCAUGGCGGUCGGCUGGACGAUGUUUGUCGUCAUCUCUUACUCACUUCUGUGGCCAACCUGUAAGAUGUUUUUUGCUUUAAACUAUUUAAAAAGCAGUAAAUUCAAGUAAAAUUCUGACGACAUCUCAUAGUCAGCUUCCUCAGUAUUUUCUGUUUUUACUAAUUUGUACAUAAAAUAUGUAGUUUUUGUUCUACAUUUCUGUUUAAAUUUCAUUCCUAAUGAUCAUAUAAAGUCUUAAAUUUGAAUACACCCUGUUGUAGUUUCUUGUUUUAGUUAAGAAAAAAUAGAAUCUGGUAUGUAAUAAAUCUGACAUUUUCCUUUUAAGCCAAAUCGCCCAGGCAUAGAUGCAUGUGAGCGACACGAUGUCCGCCGUUGUGUGCGUGCGUGAUUAUCUGUUUUAUUUAUGCAGCAAUGAAAUGACUAUCUAGAAUUACUCCCUUAUCUAUAUGAGGAAUUUGCUGCAUUUUUUUUUAUAGUGAUUUAUGAAAAGGUUCUCAGACUUUGUCACAUCAGAUUCAACAUAUUCCUGAGGUGUCAAUGUAAUCAUCUGUUAAUCAUUUGUAAAUGAACUUAUUCUGAUAUUUGCGUGCCAUUUCUAACUGGUCGUGUGUUUCUUUGUUCAUGUUCUGGCUGCCGUUUAGCAGCAAGUCUCUUAACUCAAACAUUUUUCCGUGAUGUUGUGGGGACAUCCUGGCCUGUGCUUCGUCUUUGCCCUGUGGAUUCAGUCCGACACUCAGUGGAAGACCCAAACCUCUCAUCCCCUCACGUGACGUUCUCGUACUUCAGGAUUUCUUCUGUCAAUUGGGUGGAAAAAAGAAAACAAACUCUUGUUCAUGUACCAACUAAAAAAACUGCUCUAUUCAAAAACAUGAUGCUGCUUUGAUUGCUUUGAUAAAGAAAUAAAUCUUCCAAUGAUUCAGUG